CACGUGUCGGUUUCUUGUUGGGAGUGGGCCCAUGACGCUUGGGUUGGUCCUGGAGGAGAUCGGGCGUGCUUUGCCCGGACAUGGAUUCGCUUCUGUAAGAGCAGGAGUUGAGAUGGCACUUAUUGAUGCAAUCGCUAAUAGCAUUCGCUUGCCUCUUUGGAGAUUGUUUGGGGGAGCAUCAAAUUCCAUAACCACUGACAUAACAAUUCCAAUUGUUUCCCCAAAUGAAGCUGCUAAAUUGGCUUCAGAAUAUCGUGAACGAGGGUUUAGCACUUUGAAGCUGAAGGUGGGAAAGGAUUUGAACUCAGACAUCGAAGUUAUGAAAGCGAUACGGUCAGUUCAUCCCGAUUGCGAGUUUAUAUUGGAUGCUAAUGAAGGAUAUUCAGCGAAUGAAGCAGUUGAAGUUCUUGAAAAGCUUGCUGAAAUGGGGGUUACUCCUAAGCUUUUCGAACAACCUGUUCAUAGAGACAACUGGGAUGGUCUUCGUCAGGUUAGUGACGUAGCCAAAGAGAAAUACGGCGUAUCUGUCGCUGCAGAUGAAAGUUGUAGGAGUGUAGAUGAUGCACAUAGAAUUGUAAAAGGAAAGGUAGCUCAUGUUAUCAAUAUCAAGCUGGCUAAGUCAGGGGUCCUUGGAGCUCUUGAGAUUAUUAAUGUUGCAAGAAAUGCUGGCAUUAGACUUAUGAUUGGUGGUAUGGUUGAAACUAGACUUGCCAUGGGCUUUGCUGGUCAUCUUGCUGCAGGUCUCGGUUGUUUCGACUUUAUUGAUCUUGAUACGCCACUUCUUCUAUCUGAUGACCCGGUAUUUGAGGGUUAUGAAGUCUCUGGUCCUGUCUACAAGUUCACCAAUUCCAGAGGUCAUGGAGGUUUUCUUCAUUGGUCAAACAUUUGACUGAUCAAAGUCACCUGUCAGAAUCAGUUUUAGAGUCCUUGCAUGAACGUUGGUUGUGUCGGAGUAUCAAAUAAGGUACAAUGAGGCUUCUAGAUGCUCUCCUGCAUCAACUGUAAAAGGGGAAGCCCAAAUUUAGGAAAGUAUGAAAUUUUAGAAACUAUCCUUUGUUAUAUAUUCUGAACUUGUGCGACAUGCAAUAAACAAUGUAUUAAAAGACUGAAAUAGGAAGUUUAAUAAGAGUCUAUCAAGUUUCUUGA